GCUAUGAUCGCUAUAUAACAUGACCACGAGAAACCCAAUCUUUCCUUCAUCAGUACUAGCAGUCAUCACUCAGCAGACUGCUGUGCAGAGCAGGACAAGAUGUUUCAUUACGUAGUCGCGGCCGCCGGCGUGCUUAUCGUCUUCCUUUAUGCCGUCAAGAAACGCCAAAGCAGCAAGCUCCCGCCGUCGCCUCCGUCGCUGCCGGUGAUCGGUCACCUCCACCUCAUCGGCCGCCUCGCGCACCGCUCCCUACGCGAGCUGCAGCUUCGCUACGGCGGGAGCUGUGGCCUCCUCUACCUGCAGCUCGGGCGCAGGCGGACCUUGGUCGUGUCCACUGCCGCGGCGGCAGCGGACCUGUUCAGGAACCACGACCUCGCCUUCGCCUCCCGCCCGCACAGCGUGUCAGGUGACAAGAUGAUGUACGGCUGCAACAACGUGUCCUUCGCGCCAUAUGGCGGGAACUGGCGCCGGGGCAAGAAGAUCGCGGUGGUCCACCUCCUCUCCCUGCGCCGCGUGGAGUCGUUCGCGCCCGUGCGGGCCGCCGAGGUGGCAGCGCUCGUCGCACAUACCCGCCGUGCUGCGGAGGCGGGGGAGGCUGUGGAGCUGAGGGAGCUCCUGUAUGGCUACACCAACGCGGUGGUCACCCGCGCGGCCACCGGUGCCGCCGGGGCGACAGCAGAGAGGCUGAAACAGCUGCUGGGGAACUCCGCGGCGCUGAUGGUGGGCUUCCAACCGGAGGAUGUGCUGCCGGACGUGCCGGCGAGGUUUGUGAGGUGGGCGACAGGCCUCGAUAAGAAGCUCGAUGACAUGGCCAAGGCGUGGGACAAGUUUCUGUCCGAGAUAGUGGCUGCGCACAAGGAGAAGGGGGCCGGCGGCGGCGGUGCAGGGGAGCAGGAUGGGGACUUCUUGGACGUCUUGCUGCGGCUUAGGGAAGAAGACACCGAUGGGGUCGAGCUCACAGACGAUCGCAUCAAAGGCACCGUCGAGGACAUGAUAGGCGGCGGAACUGAAACAACCAUCCAGACGCUGGAAUGGACCAUGGCAGAGCUCAUCGCCAACCCACGGGUCACGGCCAAACUCAAGAACGAGAUCACGCGAGUCGUCACCGCUGAUCAGCCGACCAUCUCGGAGUCGGAUCUGAACAGAAUGGAAUACCUGAAAGCAGUUUUCAAAGAGGUGCUCCGGCUCCACGCGCCGUUGCCGCUCCUCGUGCCGCACGAAUCGACGGCACCCGCGGUCGUGCAGGGCUACGAGAUCCCCGCCAAGACCGGGCUCUACAUCAACGUGUGGGCGAUCGGGAGGGACCCGGCGGCGUGGGACGCGCCGGAGGAGUUCCGACCGGAGCGGUUCGUGGGCAGCAGCUCCCCGGUGGACUUUAGAGGGAACGACUACCAGUUCAUCCCGUUCGGUGCCGGUAGGAGGAUCUGCCCCGGUAUCAACUUCGCGCUUCCGGUCUUAGAGCUCGCAGUCGCCAGCCUCAUGCGCCAUUUUGACUGGGAGCUCCCCGCUGGCAUGCAAUUGACGGACCUCGACAUGAGCGAGACGCCGGGGCUGAUGACGCCGCGGCGGGUUCCCCUUGUCGUGGUCCCCAGGACGGUGCCUCAGCCAGCACUGCCGUAGGAUCACGGUCGACCUCGGCCAGUGGGCCUUGUUUGGAAAAGCCAGUUCUGUAGCUACCUAAAAUCCUUGUAAACAGUUGCUCAAAAAAAAAUCCUUGUAAAUACGCAAACCCCCCCCCCCCCCCCCUUUUUUUUACAAGGCUAAGUACUCUCUCUAUCCCAUUAAAAAUA